CUUAUACACAAAAUAAUUAGUUGUUAUUCUAACUUGUAUAGAAAAAAUGGGUAACUGCGUAUUCAAAGGCAAUGGUGGUUUAAGAAAAUUAUUCGAUAAAGAUGAUUCAUUGAUAAAAGUUGUGACCCCAAACGGUGGCGUGAUGGAGCUUCAUCCUCCCAUCUUCGCCGAAUUCAUCACUAACGAAUUUCCCGGCCACGUCAUCCACGACUCUUUAAGCCUCCGCCACUCAUCUCCACCGCUUCUCCACGGCGAAGAACUCUUUCCUGGUAACAUCUACUACCUCCUCCCUCUUUCUUGCGCCGCCUCAACCGCUCAACAGCAUUCCUCCGACCAGUUAUCAACGCCGUAUAGAAUGUCUUUCGGGAAAACGCCGGUAAUGGCGGCUUUGAGUGGUGGCGCCGGAGGGGGUGGAGUAUGGAAGGUGAGACUUGUGAUAAGUCCGGAGCAGCUGGCGGAAAUUCUUGCGGAGGAUGUGGAAACGGAAGCGUUGGUGGAAAGUGUGAGGACGGUGGCGAAGUGCGGCGGUCACGGCUGCGGUGGAGGAGUUCAUUCGAGAGCGAAUUCAGACCAGCUAAGCGUUACGAGUAGCUUUAAAGGGAAAUUGAGACUCGACGACAGUAUAUUAAUCUCCUCGAGUGGCGAUGAUGACCUCACCGUAGAAACGUGUGAUGUCAUAGGAGGUGACGAAGGAUGGGUGGUGUGUCGUGUAUUCAAGAAGAAGAGCCUUUGCAAAAACAUGAUUAGCAGCUCGGUGGAAACGUCGUCGUUCAACGAAGAGACUAUCGAGCAACUUCUUGAAGUUAUGGGGCAAUCUUGUAAAGAAGAGAUAAUUUUAGACCCUUUCUUAAAACUCCCUAACCUCGAAUGGCCUAAGAAUACCACCAUCACGAGUUAUCAGCGGUUAACGGACGACCAAGUCAACAACUGCCACGUCAGCAAAGUUAUGGAUCCCAGCGUCGUCACUAGCUGGGCCGCUUUGGAUCGGCUCGUUGCCUCGCAACUAAAUGGGCCCAACUCGUAUUCAUUCCCAGCCGUCAAUGAGACCUCACAAUCACCGUCCCAUGGACUAAACCGGUCCGGUUUAACGCCGGAUUAUUAUGUACCGGAGAUGGAUUUAUGGAACGAUACAGAUUUCGGGAGAACGACAACGUCAUCGUCCAACCCAUUGUGCCACGUGUCGAACGGUAGUGGAUAACGGAAAUGGAAGAGACAUACCAAAACAUUGUGUAGAAAGAUAUUAUAUAAUCAUCAUACUAUAGAUGUAGUUGUUGAAAGUUGAAACAUUUACAAUAAAAAUGGUCAGAUUGU